CCCCAAAAAGAAGACGGGUCUACGCUAACGACGUCAUCACGCACAUUUCCGAGUUGUCCUUGAACGAAACAUCGCUGGCAAAAUGGUUGCAUACUGGAGACAAGCUGGCCUUAGCUACAUUCGCUUCUCUGCGAUCUGCGCAAGUGCAGUGCGUGCGGCACUGAAACCCCAGUUCAAAGUCGAGGCACUGAAGGUUGCCGAGUCCAGCGUCAAAGUCUACGUACCAAAGGCUGUAGCAUGAUCUGAGUACGUCAUCAUGUAAUGGAUGUUCUUCGGGACCAAGAGGAUUUGUCAUUGUCCCGGCCAACAUAUCUUUGUGAUGGAUGACAACGCAAGGGUUACAUCUAGAUUUGUCGAGAGAUGGAAAACUUAACAGAAUUGAUUUUUCUCCUUUAAUUUGUAAUUAAGAAAAUGAAAUAAAACUCCCAUCUAAAAAUAAUUGUCUGCUAGAUUAACUCAUGCCUUAUCUGGCAAUAUUAACUGUGAACAUGUGUAAAAGUAGGCUAAAAGCUCUGAACUUGGCCUUGUAGUUCAAAUAUUUUAUUCAUUGAAUUAAAUACUGUACAUGAACUACAGUGUGAAAUGAGAAUGAAUACUUUUAGAUAAGCUUUUCAGUGGAAUGAAACAGGGUCGUGUUCAGUGUGUAAAGUUACAGAAUGUUGAGAGAGAAGCAGGUCUGUUCUACAUAAUGUAUUUCUAUCAGCUUUAUACAAAACAUCUAUGAUGUUGCAACUAAACUUAAAUUAAAUUGUUUAACAUUUGGAACA